AUGGAUCUGCUGGACAAAGAUGGCGACUGCAUACAUUUCAUCAUCGCCGACGGCAAGCUCAAGGAGUAUGUCAACGGCAAACUGGAGCUUGAGCACGUGCAGUGGCUGGAGUACAGUGCCGCCACUGGCAGCAUCAGCGAUGAAAAGGGGCACUUCGAACUCCAGGAGCUGGAUAAGGUUGAGAAGACGAUUGGGCUUCAUGCUUUGGCAAGUCGAGCAGGCAUCGAAUGGCGAGGUGACUCGCCACCCUUGGUGCAAAAUCUCCUGGUGACAGACACGGACGGAGACAGGCUGGAGUUCGUGCUGAAUGAUGACGGGAAGCUUCAGGAGCUCAACAACGGAGAAGUGGACCUGGAGCAGGUUCAGACGAUGUGCUUCAAAUUUGCCGAUGGCUCCGUCACUGAUGACACAG